UAUUCUAGGCUGACGGAUGUGGAUAAAAAACGAUUGUGGGAAAUGCGCUAUUACUGCUAUUCUGAGGUCAGCUCCCUUCCCUUGGUGCUGGCCAGUGCACCUAGUUGGCAAUGGGCGUGCUUGCCAGAUAUUUAUGGCCUACUGGACCAUUGGACUCAAAUGAAACAUCAGGAUGCUCUGGGGCUACUUCAUGCCACAUUCCCAGAUCAAGAAGUGAGACGUACCGCUGUGCAGUGGAUCGAUUCCAUAUCUGAUGCAGAGCUUUUGGAUUACUUACCACAGCUUGUGCAGGCUUUAAAAUAUGAAUGUUAUCUGGAUAGCCCGCUUGUCAGAUUCCUCUUGAAAAGAGCUAUAUGUGACCUACGUAUCACACACUACUUUUUCUGGCUGCUAAAGGACUGUUUGAAGGAUUCUCAGUUCAGCAUUCGAUAUCAGUACCUGCUUGCUGCUCUCCUUUGUUGUUGUGGGAAAGGGCUAAGAGAAGAGUUUGAUCGCCAGUGCUGGCUUGUUAACAUAUUAACAAGGUUGGCUCAGAAAGUCAGAGAUGGUGUUCCAUCUGCCAGAGUGGAAAUACUUAAGAAUGGCCUGGAAGAUGUCAAACAAUUCUUUACUCUGAAUGAAUCAUGCUGUCUUCCUUUAAGCCCCAGCCUCCUAGUCAAAGGCAUUGUACCACAGGCCUGCUCACACUUCAAUUCAAAUGCUGUACCAUUGAAACUUACUUUCCAGAAUGUGGACCCACUGGGAGAGAAUAUCCAUAUUAUUUUUUAAGUGUGGCGAUGACCUCCGACAAGACAUGCUGACUUUGCAAAUGAUCCGCAUCAUGAAUAAGAUAUGGAUUCAGGAGGGUCUUGACAUGCGCAUGGUUAUUUUUCGCUGCUUUUCCACAGGCCGAGGGCGAGGCAUGGUAGAGGUGAUCCCAUCUGCAGAAACCCUGAGAAGGAUCCAGGUGGAACAUGGAGUGACUGGUUCCUUUAAAGACCGUCCACUAGCUGACUGGUUGCAAAAACACAACCCCACAGAGGAUGAGUAUGAAAAGGCAGUGGAGAACUUCAUUUACUCCUGCGCAGGAUGCUGUGUAGCCACCUAUGUGCUUGGUAUAUGCGAUCGGCACAAUGAUAACAUCAUGUUGAAGACAAGCGGCCAUAUGUUUCACAUAGAUUUUGGACGCUUUUUAGGACAUGCACAAAUGUUUGGGAACAUAAAACGGGACCGUGCUCCUUUUGUGUUCACUUCAGACAUGGCAUAUGUCAUAAAUGGAGGGGACAAGACAUCUAGCCGCUUCCAUGACUUUGUUGAUUUGUGCUGUCAAGCCUACAAUCUCAUCCGCAAGCAUACCCACUUAUUUCUCAACCUACUGGGACUGAUGUUGUCAUGUGGUAUUCCAGAGCUAUCUGAUGUGCGGGAUUUGAAAUUUGUGUAUGAUGCUUUGCGCCCACAAGAUUCUGAAGCUGAUGCUACAACCUAUUUCACUCGGUAA